AAUGAAUCAUUGAAUGAUUUCGGUACAGUUUACAGCUGACCUGGGAUUUUAGCAAACAUAGAUAUAAGCAACUCUUACUGAAAGUAAAGACCGGGAAUAUAUUGUGUAUAUGAAGUAGAAUGGAUCGUGGAAUACAGGAGUUGGAUUCUGUUUGGAGGGCGAUUAAACCAUGGGGAAAAUUUCAGCUUUUCCAGAUUUUUCUUGUUUUACUUGAUUUUUCGCCUGCAUGUUUUGCUAUUCUAAGCGCUGUCUUUACCGGGUAUAUUCCUGAAUACACUUGCGAUGUACCAGAGACAGGUGACAAUGAAACGGAUCUGCACGACAAUUUCACGUAUAAGGCCUCUCAGUGUGAAUACGACGUCUACAAACAUAUUGGAAAUACGUCGGCAUUUGUAGAGACUAGAAAAUGUGACAAGUUUACAUUUUCAAACACGUUGUCAUAUGCAUAUGAGUGGAACCUAGUUUGUUCUCGGUCUAAUUUAGCCGCUCUUGCACAGUCUUUGGCACUUGCUGGACAGGGUCUAGGAGCAUUCGUUACGUCUCAUGUAGCAGACAGAUUUGGCCGAAAGAGAGUGUACGUGAUAUCUCACAUUGGUGUUAUGACAACAAUGGCUGUUAUGGCGUUCUCAACAAAUAUAUACAUGCUGCUUUCCUUGAGGCUAGUCACCGGCACAUUUCAACAGGGCGUUGUUUGCACUGGUAAAAUUCUAGCUCUAGAGAUGUUCCCACGAGAAGUCCGUUCACACACGGAGGUUGCAACUUUUCUGUCGUGGUCUGUAGGCAUCAUGGUUCUGUCAGUAUUUGGAUAUGCAUUCCGUGGACUGGACUGGCGCUACCUCCAGAUAGGACUAGCUGCAUUUUCAUUUUACGCCCUAUUUGAAUGGUGGAUGCUAGAAGAAUCCAUCAGAUGGCUUCUUUGCAACGGAAAAGUCGAAGAAGCAAAGAGAAUUUUGAAAAAGGCAACAAAAUGGAAUGGAGUUGGAUACAAGGAAGCAGAAGAACUUCUUAAUCAGUGUGUCCAUAUUCCAGCAACAGAAGCUGAAAGACCAGAAUUAAAUGGCACAGAGAUGGAUUUAUUUGGCAAGAAAAAGUAUACGUUUUUAGAUGGAGAGAAACCUCAAGACGACAGUGCUACACAUAACCCAACAGUCGAGAAAUACAAUGUUAUUGACAUUCUCAAAAACCCUGCCUUGAGAGCGAAUACACUUAUCCUGUGGUAUUCAUGGAUAGUGGCAGCGGGUACAUAUUAUGGUCUCACGCUUGUAUCCUCUCACUUGGCAGGUGAUCGGUUCGUCAACUUCUUUUUGAGUGGUCUGAUAGAGGUUCCACCACUUCUACUUGAACUUUACCUUUUUAACAAGAUCGGACGUAAAAGAACAAUGAUUUUAUGGUUUAGCACAGCGGGAAUGUCUCUCAUCAUAUCAACGGCGUUGCUCACUGUAUUCAAGGACAAUGCAGGCGAGACAGUGGCCACCGUGUUUUCCCUCAUAGGAAAAGCAGCUAGCACUGGCUGCUUCAGCACAGUGUUCUUGUAUACUCCAGAGAUAUAUCCUACAAAUUACAGAAAUAGUGGUCUCGGUAUAGCAUCUUCUAUAUCACGCAUCGGUGGAAUAUUAGCUCCUUUUGCUAGCAAUUUGGCAUUGAUAGCGUUAUGGAUACCCGGCGCCAUAUUUGGCGGGAUGUGUCUGUUGGUUGUGCUUCUUGCAAUACGGCUUCCGGAAAGCGCCGUCCAUGAGCUUCCUACAACGAUAGCUGAGUGCAAUAAAUGGGAACGUGAUACCUUAUCAUCAUCUGACGUUACACCUGACUCUUCUUCUGAAGACGUUGAAAAGUUUGAUUGAAAACUUACGCUAUUAUUCAGUGUUUCGAGCGAAAUAUGCAAACAAUGAUUAAAUCUACUAAAAGUUCUGCCCUUGUUACUCUUAUGGUUAGAAUUUUAGAGUUGGUCUAACUAUUACAUUAACAGAAUAAACAGUUUUAUUUAUUUCAUUUAACUGAAAACAACCUCCCUAUAAUGUAUUAGCAUAUACUGUCAUUAAAUAUUUCACAGAAAAUUUGUUUUGUGAUGCACGUGUACAGUUUUCAGUUUCAUAAGUAUAGUAACUUUUGGUAAGAUUAUUCUAAUGUUGUAGUCUUAAAACCGCAACCUUAAGUUACCAAGGUUGACGUUUAAAGAUUUUAUUAGUUUUCAUCAUCUAUUGGUGGAGAUUUUUGAACUCAUACAAUUCUUCUUACUUGGAUUUCGUGUUUGUCUUAUUUUCAGAAUCUUAUUAUUCAACGGAGCAAUCUAGAUCUAUGCUAUGGAAUAAACUAUACCAGUCUUC